UAGAUCUUUUGGAAUUUCAAAAAUUUAUUUAGGAUUUUCGGUUUUCUAAAUUAAAAAAAAAUUAAAAUUCGUUUAAAAUUUUCAUUGCGAGAAAAUAUUCAGAAUGCUCCGAUUUCCCAAAAGAUGUGGCGUAGGCAACAUCAUCUCGGUGGCUCGGCUGGGAUCGCCUAGCCUGACAAGCCGACCAGUACGCCAUUAUUCGGACAAAGAAGAGUGUAAGCCAGUAACUGCCUCCAAGUGCGGUCUUGUGCUAAACGAAUACACCUGUGGCUUAAAGCCCACUGAGAUGUACGUUCCCAAGCCGAAGGUUACCCGUCCUCCCCUGGUGUCAAUGUGGAAGAUAGAGAAUUGUGAACCGGACAUAUGUACUUUGGACCUUCGCUACGACAUGAAGUAUUAUCGCAUUUCAGAUAAGAAGAAGCGCAAAUACCAGGUGACUUGGAACGAAUGUCCACGCCUUCUUGUCAAACCAAGAAAAGUUUGUCUCUAUGAAAGAAUGGUGCGCCCCAAGAUAGAGCGUCGCAAGCACGCCAAGGUGGUUGCUGUUCCGCAGGUAGCGAAGUCUUGUAUCGCCUUAUUAGCAAAAGAUACAUGCGUGUACGUCAAAGCUCCUUGCUGCAAAGUUGGUCGCAGACCACCCAAGUGUCGUGCUGCCUUCCCCACUCCUGGCCAAUGCGAAAAGCGCAAGACGCCCUAUCCCAGCUUUUCCGAGUGCCAAAAGGAUGCCGCGAUACCAUUACCGCCGGCAGAAUGUAAAUGCCUGAGUGCCUUUGCCUUGUGCGAUGCAUGGGCGGUAUUACGUCGACGCGUUGCAAGGGGACAACAGCCAACCCAAAGUUGUGGCGAAGCUUAAGGCUUAGCUUGAGUUGCAAGAUGCCCGACGAGCACGAGUUCUAGUAUGAAAUACUCGCAACGGAUUGUGCAAAUAAUACUUACAAUUAUUCAAUUUAUUGCAAGAAACUGAAAUUUAAAAUAGCUUCAUGCUUAAUAAACGCAAAUGCAAAUUUUUAUCAGAUACCCUUUCGAUAUUUUAUCAUGGUUGCCGUCUAUUUUCUGUCAGUGCUUAAAAUUCUACAGACGUGCUCUUAAAAUAGAAAUUAUUCCCAGAAAUUAUUAACACAAAAUUCAAUAAUGCUUCGAGAAAUGGCUUGGCAUUUGCAUUUGACAUUGCGACACACUGCACGGCCAGUCGCAAUUGCUCCUCGAUUGUUUAGUAAGGAUGCCUCAUGUGGCGACAAGGCAGCCAAGUGCGACUCCAAAAACAAGGCCAAGCCUAGCUGUAAACGCACACGCAAGCCCCAGGACUGCAAGAAAACGUCUGCUCCUUACCCUAGCUUUUCAGAGUGUAGAAAAGAGCCAACUCCGCCGAAGUCACCCAGCGAAUGCGAUUGCCUAAAGCCGGACAAAUGAUUUAAGCUAAUAGUAAAAAUAAAACUGCAAAUUAUUCAAAGUUAAAUGAAUGUGAACGUCCUAGUUGGUGAAAGAAGGGAGAUUUUUUGAAAAAUUUUAUUGGAGAUAUUCUCUUGCCAAUAGAAUAUAUAUUAUAGCUUUUCGUUUUCCGCUCUUGGAAAAUCAAUAAACAUUCAUCAUAUGCUGCCAUUACUUUCAAAUUGAAGACUUUUUCAAAUUGAAAACGAAGUAACCCUAGGUAUCUUGGGUUUAUAUCAAAUAUAUGUGUUUUACAAAUUAUAACCUUUUAUUACAUGAUUGGGUCUGUUACACAAUUUUAUUUUAAAACUGAAAUUUGGGGGAAAAAAUAAAAGAAUAAUAUAAAUUCUUGUUGUGUCUAAAUUCUAAAAGCGAAUAUGCAAACAUUAAAACAAUUCUGGCGACUAUUAAAAAAU